UAACAACUAAUCAAAUAAUCAAUCAAUAAUAGCCAAAGUAAUAAAGUGAAUAUAGCUAGGCUGAAGGAAAUGGAGAGAGUCUCACUCGAAGUCGUUGAUUUUGCUGUUUUAGCAAUCUGCUUGUUCAUGCUCAUGAGUACUACAACAGCUGAUCCGAUGUUUGAAAGAGUUAAGAAAACAACUCCUGGAGAAAUGCCAGGAAACUUUGAUGUUGUAGUAGAGAAAGUGGUGAUAGUGCAACCAAAACAUAUAGAGAUGAGUAACUGGAACAAAAAGAUGAUUAUACGACAUCCUUAUAGUCGUGAAGUCGCGGUAACUACUACUACAGAGAACGAUGAGUGCGCACCACAAUUCGGGUUUUGUGACAUAGAUCACGUAUGCUGCAAAGAAUUUAGGUGUAGUUUGAUACCAGGUGCUCCAGGUGGUCUUGGUCUAUGUGUGCCGCAAUAGAAGGAUCGCAUCUUUGUCACCGUAGUCUUUACUUGUUAGUCCUGUACUGUCUGGUUGCUUUGUAAUGUCUUAGCUUGCUUGAUUUUAUGUGUGUUUAGUUGAUCGUCCUUUCCUUCAAUAAAACUUCAUAUUUGAAGCAAUAUACAUUUUACCUUGUCUAA